GAGCAGUAAAAACAGCAGGCGUCCAGUCUCGGGUUCCUCAUUCUGUGUUUGUGUGUGUCGCUUCAAUGAGAGUCAGAGAGCGCGCACUCGACGGGCAUUUCUCUCAGAAACGAUUCCCGUUAAAUGCGAGUUAACAUCUUUUUCUGACAUUUGACAGAAAACAUGGGUUGUAAAAAAUCCAAGUUGGAUGGUGACCAAAAUGGAGGUGUGAUUGAAGGGAGCAAACACCAGCCAGUACGUACUGACCAAACUGUAUAUGUGAGAGAUCCAACCUCCUAUAAGCCUCAUAUAAAUACUCCACCUCCCGGCCUCCUGCCUGGUCAGGUGUUUGAAAAAAUGGAAAAAAAGGACAAAAUAGUUGUCACUUUGUAUCCAUAUGAAGCCAUUCACACUGAUGAUCUAGGCUUUAAAAAAGGAGAAAAGUUAAAGAUUCUUGAAGAGCACGGAGAGUGGUGGAAGGCAAAGUCUUUGACCACACGAAAGGAAGGAUUCAUUCCCUCAAACUAUGUUGCAGAAGCAGACACAAUUGAGACAGAAGAAUGGUUCUUCAAAGAAAUCACAAGGAAGGAUGCAGAGAGACAGUUGUUGGCACCUGCUAAUAAACCUGGAUCUUACUUAAUACGGGAGAGUGAAACCUCAAAAGGAAGUUAUUCGCUGUCAAUCAGAGAUGUGGAUGCUCAAGGGCAGGAUAUUGUUAAACAUUAUAAGAUCAGAACUCUGGAUAAUGGCGGCUACUACAUUUCUCCAAAAAUCACAUUUAAUGACAUCAACAGCAUGAUAAAGCAUUACCACAAACAAGCAGACGGAUUAUGUCGAAAACUAGAGAGAUCAUGUGAGAAGCCCAAAGCACAGAAACCUUGGGACAAAGAUGCCUGGGAAAUCUCUAAAGAAUCCAUAAAGAUGGUGAAAAAGCUCGGAGCCGGGCAGUUUGGAGAGGUGUGGAUGGCCUACUACAAUAACAGCACAAAAGUGGCGGUGAAAACGCUGAAACCAGGCACAAUGUCAGUGGAGGCCUUUUUAGAGGAGGCCAACCUGAUGAAAACCUUACAGCACGACAGACUCGUGCGCCUCUAUGCUGUCGUCACCAAAACUGAGCCCAUCUACAUCAUCACUGAGUUCAUGGCCAACGGAAGUUUAUUGGAUUUCUUGAAAAGUCCAGCUGGCUGCAAAGUUCAGUUACCGAAGCUAAUCGAUUUUUCUGCGCAGAUAGCUGAAGGUAUGGCUUACAUUGAGAAGAAGAAUUAUAUCCACCGUGACCUGAGAGCAGCGAAUGUGCUGGUUUCAGAGAGCCUUUUGUGCAAAAUAGCUGAUUUUGGCCUGGCCAGAGUAAUUGAGGAUGACCAAUACACAGCCAGAGAAGGAGCAAAAUUUCCUAUCAAAUGGACGGCACCUGAGGCCAUCAACUACGGAUCUUUCACCAUAAAAUCGGAUAUGUGGUCCUUUGGGGUUCUCCUGUAUGAAAUUAUAACAUAUGGGAAAAUUCCUUAUCCAGGCAUGAGUAACAGUGAAGUCAUGAGCUCUGUCCAGAGAGGAUACCGUAUGCCCCGGCCUGAAAACUGUCCCACUGAACUUUACGAUAUCAUGACCUCGUGCUGGAAGAGUAAACCAGAUGACCGGCCCACGUUUGACUAUAUUCAGAGUGUUCUAGAUGACUUCUACACAGCCACUGAGGGCCAGUACCAGCAGCAACCAUGAGGAUGCAGAAUCAUCCAUCAUAUUUUUGUACUGUUUCAAGAGGAUCAAAAGAUUUGUGAUUUAUCUAUGAAUCAAUGUACUAAUAAUGUAAUUAAUAACUGGGUCAAUCUGCUUACUUACAUGUAAGCAAGGUUAAGAUUUUCCAUCUCUACUUCAAAUUGAAGUUUUAACUGCCUAUUUGCUACUUUUGCUAUUCACGUUUCAAUGGCUACAUUUCAAUUUAUAAAUAAUUUUAUAAUUUAAAGUAUCCUAUCAAAAUUUUAUUGUUAUUUUUACAUACCAAAAACAUCCCUUCUUUUAAAAACCAGGUGUUUGAAAAUGAAAGAUUUUAUAAAAUAUAUUUUUAGGGUGAUCCAAGACAGUCAUAAAGCUGCUUUUGGAGGAUAUUUGUUGGGAAAGGGGCAGUACCAAUACAUUUUAAUUAAAUUAAAAUUCAGGUUUCAUACACAUAACAGUACUGUAAUAAAAUGAUAUAAAUGAUUAUAAAAUAAAUGCUGAAAAACUAACACGUUUUUGCAAAAUAAAUAAUUUAUGUACUUCA